UUCUAACGAUAAAAAUCAUGCGUCUCAUAUUACCCCGAAAUUGUCUCAUAUUACCCCCGCCUACGGUAUCAGACCCCUGGAAGUCCUGGGAAACCUGGAAGUUCUGGAAGUCUUACAACAAGUGGAGCUGGCGGGGCUGGAUAUACAUCUCGCUAGUGGCGGCGCUACUGCCCACGCUAGGGAUUGUGCUCCUUGCGGACGAAGUGUCGUGGUGUAAAGAUACGCGGACGACUUUCUUGGAGGAAACGCGCACCAACGUGCGCUGGUUCAAGAUCUCCAUGACGCUGGUUAUUAUAGCGACGUCAUUUUGGUAUUGCCUCGAGGUGCGCACCGUGAUGCUUGGCCUGCAGCACUGCCUGAAGUACUCAUUGAGCCCCGGGCGGCCGUCCUCGGGGCCGUCCUCGCACUCCUUGCAGCGAGUCCUGGGUGCCAUUGUCGUCCUUGCAGUGGCAUCACUGUUUGCAACUGUCCCUGUAGUCUCCAUUUACACACGGGACGUACAGAAAGGUGACUUCCGGGCCACUUUCUUCAAUUUUGUCACAUUUAUCGCCUCCACUUUGGGGGGUCUACUCGUCUGCCAACUGGCCACUUUGUGGGCACUGGGUGCCGACCUUCAUGCUGAUGUCUUGCGCCUGGUUGAGAACGAUGGGGCCAACCCUGGGCUUGCCACCAGGAGGCUUUGGCACGGGCUGCGGGUACGCCAGACCAUCUUGCGGGAUUUGAUGGUGAGCAUGUUUGGUGCGUUCGGCGUCCAGACCGUAGCCUUCAUUCUGGGAGACACAAUGGACUGCGCCUUCUCGCUGUACACCAACCUGUCUUUCUCGUCCACCCUGUGCGUCACGGACACAGCCUGGGCCGUGGUCAUGGCCAUGCGUUUGGUCCUCAUCUUCGUUCUUUGCCAACGGGUCCGUGACGAGCACGAAGCCCUGUCACACAUCUUGAACAGCUUUCUGGCGAAAAGAAGCGACCUGACCCCCGAGGAAGUGCGGGAAGUAAAAGCUUUCAUUCUGAAAGUCUGCUUGCUCAACCACUCCUGUUCUGCUGGCGGCAUGCUUCCCAUGGACCUGAGCAGCAUGAAAGCGGCCAUUCUCUUCAUCAUCAGCAACUGCCUCAUCCUCAUGCAGUUUGAUCGAGCAAUGGGUAGUUCUACUGGUCUUCCCUGAUGGCGAAAAGAGAUUUGGCUGUCAGGAAACGGG